UCUCUCUCUUUCUCUCUCAGACCAUCAAUGACAGCAGUCCCAUGAAGCGCUCGGCUUCAUCACUGGGCCACAGCAGGUCCGGGCGAGGUCACAGAGACAAAGGAGGGGCAGAAGACUACAACAUGGACCGUGUCAUACCUGAGGAGGGGAGGACUUCCAGACACGGACACCGGCGAAAAGACCGGAGCCAUCGGGCGUCCGAGAGGUCCCUCUGUCGUUACACGGAGGCUGACACAGGCCUGGGCACAGACCUGAGCACGACCACCCAGUCAGGCGACCUCACGUCCAAAGAAAAGGAUCGUGACAGAGAUCGUGGACGAUCCAAAGACCGCAAACACCACCACCAUCAUCACCACCACCAUGGCUCCGUGGAGAAGGAGCGCUACGUGGCGGAGCGAGGCGGCGAGUACGGACACAGGCACUCCCGUGACAGAGAGCAUGACCGAGAGAGGGAGAGGGACCGGCGCUGGUCCCGAUCGCCCAGCGAGGGUCGCGAGUGCAUGACACACAGACAGGGCAGUAGUUCGGUCAGCGGAAGUCCUGUCCCCUCAACUUCGGGGACCAGUACGCCACGUCGAGGCCGUCGACAGUUGCCUCAGACCCCCGCAACACCCCGGCCCCAUGUUACUUACUCCCCUGUGGUCCGUAAGGCCAUGCCCACGCCCCCUGCAGGGCCACAGGGCAGACCCCCAGCCCCAGCCCCUCGCCGCUUUUCUCCUGAGCCUCCCCAAGGUCAAGGCCCUCCCCACACUGGCCUCCCACUCAUCCACCAUGGCACUGCUCGCCAGGGUCAUCAUCCCCCGCCUCGUUGGGGAGACACAGGUGGAGGAGGUGGCUCCAUUGAAGGGGAUGGCUGCUUCUACAACCAGGAAUACCAGGACUAUGAGCCCCACCAUGAACCCCCUGCCUAUGAGCAGAACCCCAUACAGGGGGGUAACCCUCAUCCACACGCCGUGGCCAACCACCCACUGCCGCCCCCGCCACAACCACAGCCACAUAACCCCCAUCCCCUCCCUCCACCCCAGCCACACUCCGUAAACAAUCCUCACCCUCAUCCACCGGCCCACCCACAGCCCACUCGCACCUCACCUAGGACUGUACACCACGCGCCUCCUCCCACCACUGCCCUGACUGGGCCUGUGCAGGGCCAGGUGCAGUCUGCUGCCCAGCGUCGCCUACCCAAUGGCUACCGCUCCUCAUCACCUUCCACACAUCUCCAUGGACCUCCACAUACUGGGCCUCACAAGGUGCCCCCUCCAGCUGGGCAUCCUAGGGGGCCCCGCAAGGGCCUGCAUGAACCCUACAGCGAGACGGAGGACGACGACUGGUGCUAGCCUCUGGGGGAGGGGGAUGGGCAUAAGGAGGAAAAAAGACAGAUAGAUGGACUGAAAGAUGGACAUGGGGAGCUCUCGGCCGGAGCAAUGACUGCCAAGGGAAACCACGACUUUUUCUUUCUUGUCGAUUCAAUUCAAUUUUUCCUCUCCUCCGGUGCUUGGCAUGUCCCAGCGAUGGUGGGCUACAUGAAGGGAUGGGUGUCAGGAUGAGGGGAUGGAACAGAAAUGCCGAGGCAGGAUCUUGAGAAACAAAUGGGUAAGAGGGGAAUCACAAGCCACCUCCAUGUUCUGCUGGCGUUGUUGUUGCAUUCAUUCUCUUGAUGCCAAAUGAGACCAACCUCAAACUGCAAAUUUUAAGGAUGCAAGCAGGAGGGGUGAUGGACACUAGUCUUUGUGUGUCUUAAAUUUUGCCUCUGGCAACGAGCUACAGCCACUUACAAGAUGUCAAGAGUUGCGACUCGACAAAAGACACUUUACAGUCAGAGACAAGAAUGACCACUUUUUUUUAAGCUAACGCGAGUAAAGUUAGCAGAGAAAAGAAUCGAAUCCAACCCUCCCAGCCACCAGUUGAAUAUUGAUGAGUUUUAUCAUCUGUGUUUUUAAAUAAGAACAAAACUGACAAUUAGCCCUCCGCCUGUAUGAGGUGAGAAGUCUAAGUGGGUGGGAGAGUUGGGGAGCGUUGCACAGGGUUGAUAAGUCUCAGUCAAAAUCUAGAGGACAGGAUGGGGUUGUUUUUGGGGAAGUUUACCCCUGUCCCCAGAGAACACCCUCCUCCCUGAAACAAUUUAACCAACCUCAACCAAUAACCUAAAAGAGAAGAAAAACAAAAAUGUGGAGAUGGGUUUCAGAAACGAAAAAACAAACCAGGAACUGUUUUCUGCAGUAUUUCUUCUAUUCCUGCAGCUGCUUCUUCUUCUUCCUCCUUCUCUUCUACUUCUUCAAAACAUCGAAGCUUGAAUCUUCUGUUGCACCCCACACAGCUUCGUUUUUUAGACUUGCGGAGUUUUACACCCUGUGGAAUCCUGCAUGAAUGAUACAAAAAAAUAUAUUAAUAGCAACAAUGAGAAUCUACUGUAUGUGGGGGGAAGUUUUCCUCAGUCCUUUCUGUUGUGGUCUGUAGGGUUUCUCUUUUUGUUUCUUUGGUUUAAAAAAAAAGCCUUUCUGUUUCUCUCUCUCUCUCACUCUCUCUCUCUCUCUCUCUCUCUCUCAUCUGUUUGACAUUCCUCUCUCUGUACCUUCAUCCACACUAAAAUCAAGUGACCGAAGGAUAUGGGGAGACCGGAGAGUUACUGUUCGUAAAUCUCGACAGAACAAAAUGAUUACUUUUUGCUUGCUUGUCUGUAUGUUCUGUGCCAAAUGCUUGCCACUGAUACAGCUGGAAUUGCACAUAUUUUUGUGGAAGUAACUUUUUGUAACUAAGGUGAUAAAUCCUAAAAUGAUACACUGGGAAGCAGGGUAAUGUAGAGCGGUGGAAAAAAAGUGUCCAUGUUGGUGAGCAAGUUUGACAAAUUAGUAACAUCUCAAAAGUCUUCCAGGGUUUUGGGUUAAAAUAGAAACACUAGAGAGAAAGAGACCAAUAGAAAGGAGAGGAACUCGUCAUUGUUGUUUUCUUUGUUCCCGAUCAUCAUAAUGGAUACACAGAUAAUAUAAUAACUUCAAAUGAUCAUGAUGAUCGUGAUAAUGAGGCAGAUUCUCCAUAUAGUUUUCUGUGUGUUUGUUUAAUUUUAAGCACAACAAAUCAUUUUUCCAACCUGCACUUGCAUUGUGGGAGAAUGGGUUUGCAGGAGGGCAAACAUACGUCAAAGAUAAGCAGUCAAUAGGUUAAUGAAUUUUAGAAUAUAGAGAGUGGAUGAUAAUGAGAUUGCUUCACUACUGGUUUCUGAAUUCAAAAAAGGUUUACCCUCCUGCAGUUGCUAACAUAGAGUCCCACCACUCGUGACCUUUAGGUGGCAGUGUCAGACAAACAGCCUGUGGUUUUUACCGGCUCCCCCUUUUCUUCACCUUAGAGUCGGAGCUGUUACACACUGAUCAGUUCAUUCUCUCACUAGUAACAACACCUCAUCUGUGGUAACACACAGGUGACUCACACUUCAGAUGGGUUGGAAACAAAGAUUUCCGGACCUUGUCAUGAUCCUGGGGGGGUAAAAAAAAAAUUAAUGUUAUGUGUGUUUCACUCCUAUAUAUCUUUAUUUCAAUCUGCGUGUUUCUCUGUGUGCCUCAAACUAACACUUGUCGUCACUAACACACAUCACUGUCAGCCCCGACAUGACCAUCAUCAUUUUAUUUAUGUAUCUGACCAAUAUUUUACCUGGAGGCCUAUCACAUGUUGACCAGAGAAUGCACCGAAAAAAUUGAAAAGAAAAAAAAACUGCCUAUUAAGUGUCUUUCCAACCUCAGUGGAAUGUCACAGACAAGUAUAUUUUCACAUCUCUACACUUAAAAUCAGAAAGCACACUAGGUAUGUAGCUCCUGGUUGUGUGUGUGUGUGCGUGUGUGUGUAGAUGUUUUAUUCUUGUGCUUGCUUUGCUUUCUUUUUCUUUUCUCCAGAACUCUAAUUUGAAUCUUAUGAUUUUCCAGUCAAGUCAUUGUAAUAAUUAUUGUGUGUGUGUGUGUGUGUGUGUGUGUGUGUGUGUGUGUGUGUGUGUGUGAGUGUGAAAGAGUAUGAGAGUUAUUUAAAAAACCACUGAAUGAAUCAUGUAAAGCCCCAAACAUUCACCAUCCAUCUUAGUGUCUAUGCUGCAGUGAAAUCCACUAACACGCUGAUUAACCACACAAAGUCUUCAAAAAGCAAUGUAAAGCCGCUACUGAAUAAAAAACAGACAAAAAAAACUUUUUUAAGUACAAAAGAUUGAAAAAACAAGAAAAAAUAUCUAGUUCCAGAAAUGCAUGUGCUAUGUGCAUGCCACACCGUGGAUUAACAGUCAUCUUCAGGACAUAAAAGAAAAAGCAGAUUAAUGAAUUCAGAGGAAUAAAAAAAGAUAUAUAAAUAGAUAGAUGUUUUUAAAAAGCAACGUUUCCUUUUUUUCCUUCUAUUUUUGAGAACAAAAAAGGUUAAAAACUACAAAAAAAAAUGUCUAAAGAAUGAAAACACAAAAGAGACUUUGGUUAGAGUCAGAGUCUCGUUUUUUUCUUCUGUUACAUGGGUUUGAGGCACAACCCAACCAUGUUCAGGACACCACAAAAGAAGAACUGUUUUUAAUGGAAAAAAAUAUAUAUAAAGAAAAGAAAGUGCAGUUCAGAAAACGGUGUAUUCUCCCUUCUACUUUUUGUGGGGGUCAGGGGGCGCAGGAGGAGGCCACAUCUGAUGAUGUAAUCAUUAUAACUGGCUGUGGAACCUUUGAGCUCUCACUCACUCCCUCUUUUCUUUCUCUCUCUCUCUCUCUCUCUGACUCUCUCUCUCUCUCACUCUUUAUCUGUCGCACUCUCAACCUGUCUCACCGCUAUUUCUACCAGUGCAUUUUGUAAUUCCAAACAGAACUCUUCCUAAAGAAUAAAAUCCAG